AUGGAAAGUAAAAAGUUAUUCAACAUUUUCAAUAACAAAAAUAAAUCCACAACUACUUCUACAAGUUCUACAGUUUCUACAAAAAUAAAUGUUGAUCAAAAUAUAUCGGUUUCUAUCAUUAAUGCUACCAACACCAAUAUUGUCAACGGCGAUGAUGAAUCUAAUACCAAUAAUACCACAAGUGGAUAUUUAGAUCUUGGCGAUUUAAAUUCCGGACCUAUGAGGCCAAUUUUAAAAGUAUAUCCAAAAACUAAAUUUGGACAACAAAACAGAUCAUUUUCGAGUACCUACUAUAAAAAAUUUUCAUGGAUUGAGUACAGCAUUAAAAAUGAUGCCAUUUUUUGUUACGCUUGUCGAUUAUUUUCAAAUGACUCUGGCCAUGUUGAACAAACAUUUAUUAGUAUUGGAUUUAAUAAUUGGAAAAAAUUAAGUGGUUGUAGAGAUUCAAAGGUUAAUUGUACAAAACUUGAAUUGCAUAAUAGUUGUAUACAUCAUUUAACUGCAAUGUCUAAAUGGUCAUGUCACAAUUCAAUGAAAAAAAAUGGAUCCGUUCACAACAAAAUUGUUUCUGCAAGUAUGCAACAAAUAAAAGAAAACAGAACCUACAUGAUGCAGUUAAUUGAAAUAACAUUGUUUUUAAGAAAUUUUAAAGAAACUUGCAUUAUGGUUGCUAAAUUUGAUGAAAUAUUUGCAAAUCAUUUUCAUUCCAAAACCAACUAUACAAGUUGGUCUGUACAGAACACUAUUAUUGAUGUAUGUGCUAAGAAAAUGAAUGACUUUAUUUGCAAUGAAAUUAAAGAAUGUGGUGUAUUUAGUGUAAUGGUAGAUGAAGCAAGAUCUUUCAAUGAAGAGCAGCUUUCUUUUUGCAUAAGAUAUACUAAAAAUUUAGAUGUUGUUGAACGAUUUUUAACUUUUCUAAAUGUAUCAGAAAAACAAGACGCUGAUUCUUUGAGUACCAUUAUGUUCAAUUAUUUAGAUGCAAGUAACAUCGCUCAAAUACCAAUAGUCGCACAGUCAUACGACGGAGCUAGCGUGAUGUCUGGCCGAUUUAAUGGUGUGCAACAAAAAGUAAAGUUGAGACACCCAUGUGCCAUCUAUACUCACUGUAUGGCACACAGAGUAAAUUUAAUUGUAAUUAACAUGUGCAAGAUAGUUAAGGAAACCCGAUAUGUGUUAAAUUGUCUUGAAUCUAUAUAUAUUCAUUUUUCUAUGCCAACAAACAACUUCAAAUUUAAAGAAAUUCAAAAACAACUAGGUUUGAAAAAAAUAUCCAUAACAGCAAUAAGUGAUACACGUUGGAAUUGCAGAGUCAAAAAUUGUACUUCAGUUAAACAUAAUUUUAAAGCAAUAAUUGAAGCUUUAAAAGAAAAAAUUGAGAAUUCUAAUGAUCGAGAUGUUUCCCAGGCCUUAAGAAUUUUAUCUAUAAUGAAUACGGUUUCCUUUAUUUUUCACCUCAUUGUCUUGGAAGAUAUAUUACAAGUUAACAAUAUUCUUAGCACUCAGUUACAACAAAAAACAGCUACACUAGGCAAAGCUGGCCUAGUUAUUGAAGGUGUAAUAAAAACGUUUGAAGAGAAACGUUCAGAUAAGUGUUUUUUUGAAGUAUGGUCUACUGUUGAAAUGUUUGCUGAAACUCAUGGCAUUGAAACACCUAUAAAAGAUUGUACUGCUAAGAGAUUAAAAAGAGAACCAAAUCAUUUGAAGGAUUUCCAUUUAUCAUCAACCACAAGCACUGAACUAACUAAUGAAAAUGAAAAACACUGGCGAAUAAUUUAUUUCAAAUUAAUUGAUACUAUUGUUACAAACAUAAAAAAAAGAUUUUCCACUGAAAGCCUAAAAAUGGCAACAGCAGUUGAUAAUUUUAUGAAGUUAAAUUAUGAUGAUAGCACUUUUUUCAUUGAAAAUUAUAAAGAGUUGUUCAAUAUUGACCUUAAUGCUCUGAAAAGUGAAAUGAUGGUGAUAAAAAAUUGUGUCCUUCGAUCAAGCAUAGAAUCACAGAUUGAUUUUGAUAAAAUAAAAGAAAUGGUACAAUCUGAAAUUUAUCCAAAUUUAUACACUUUGUUGAAAGUGGCUCUUUCAAUUCCUGUUAGUUCAGCCACGUGUGAGCGUUCUUUCUCCACUAUGAGAAGAAUUAAAAAUUGGCUACGCACAUCGAUGGACCAGGAGCGAUUUUCUAGUUUGGCAAUAAUAAACAUUGAAAGAGAAGUAUCAAAUCAGCUUAAAGCUGAGGAUAUACUAAUUGAGUAUGCUAAGACCAAUAAAAGGUUACAAUUAUAA